AUGUCGAAUCCGCACCGCGGUGGCCCACCCGACCUGCUGCGAGUGCAGCCCGCGCCACUCACCGCCGCAUUCUGUCUCGUUCGUCGCCGUUCCUCUCCCACUGCGCCCUUCAUCGCACCACCGCGCGCCAUGCCUCGCCACGCCCUUCUCCCGCCGCGUCUCCGCCUCGCGCUGCUCCUCGCAGCAGUCGCCGCGUGCUUCGUCCCGUUAGCAACAGUAGCGGGGACGCCUCUAGCGGGACCGGAGUGCGAGAGCGAGUUCCCGCGGCUGUGCAAGUUCGUGGACGAUCUGCGCGGCUCCAUUCCCGAGCAGAUCGACGCCUCCACCGGCACGCCCAUCCGCAUCGGCGCCUACCAGAUCCGCCAGGCCAGUUCCCUCCCUCCGCCCUCCGCCCUCCGCCCUCUGCUUUUCCGCACGCAAUUCCGCUUGCUCGCUUCCCCAUAUUCUCCUUUCUUUCUCGCUUCCCCGCACUCGCUUUUCCUCUCGCCCCUUCCCGACACCCCUCCGACACCUUCCUCCACCCCCCACGGGCUGCAGAAGCAGCACCGCGACCUGCCGCCCACGAAGCUGUACGCGUACGGCCGCAGCGCCGCCACCGCGCAUUACCCCGGCCCCACGCUCGUCGCCCAGCGCGGCGUGCCCACCAAGGUAGUCACCGCCGCCUCCCCGCCCGCCCGUCGCUGCUCUCUAGUGUUCCUGCUGUUCUGUGUACCUAUCGGAAUGCCUCAGGUGUGGCCGUACCUGAAGGUGCGGAGGGCGCUGUACCGCUUCCGGGUGUUGGGGGCGGCCAACACGCGCUUCUUCAAUCUGCGCUUCAUCUGCACCACCCCCCGCAACUUCACCCCGCCCUUCUCUGGCGACAAGCUGCCCAUCAUUGUGGUGCGUGCCAGCCACUGUGACUUGCCACUUUUCCCCAGCACCACUCCAUGCCACUCCGCACCCAUGUACCAACCCCUGCACCUCACGAAUCACCUCUGCCCCUGUACUACCCCGACUUCACUCCGCCCUUCACGUGCGUUGCAUGCGUGCUGGAUUGUGAAUUGCCGCAUUGCGCUGCACCCACUUCCCCAGCACCACUCCGCACCACGCUGCACCACUCUCCCCCGAAUUUUUCCAAUCCCUUUUCUUUGCACCUGUCCUCCCGCCCACUCUUCUCCACCCCCACCCUCCACUCAUCAGAUCGGGUCAGACGGGGGCUACCUCCCUCGUCCAGCAGUGCGCACGUCACUCCUAGUGGCGCCAGCGGAGCGGUACGACAUUCUCGUCGACUUCUCCUCGCUGCGCUCCUCCUCUGCUGACGUCAUCCUCACCAACGACGCCCCGGCGCCCUUCCCUGCGGGCGAGCCAGUGACCAACGACACCACUGUCGUCAUGCGCUUCAUUGUCGAUCAUGAGAGCCCCCGCCUGCCCGCCCCACGCAUCCCCAAGUCCCUCGUGCCGGUGCCCCCUGUGGACACAUCUCGGGUGGUGGUGGAGCGGUGGAUCACAGCGGUGGAGGAGACAGACCCCGCAACGGGGCAGUCCAUCCGCCUGCUGCUGGGCGACCUGCCCUACAGCGCCCCGCCCACUGAGACGCCCCGGGAGGUGAGUCACUGCUGGGGUCAUGGGCCAAGGGGGCACAUAGCCAACGGCACCUGCUCCUUCACCAACGCGGCGCUGCCGUCGUGCUUCACGGGCGCGCAGCAGCCCGUGGCGGCGUAUGAGCGCGGGUGGAAGGACACCACCAUCCUGCCACCCGCCACCGUGCUCACCCUCUGGACGCCCUGGUACUCCCAGGACGGCACGCCCUUCCCCUUUGACGCGACACGCGGGCCGGGGUAUGUGUGGCACUGCCACAUUGUGGAGCAUGAGGACAACUCCAUGAUGCGCCCCCUCAUCAUCACCAAGUGA